AUGGAAUUGCUUCCCGAGGGGAAAAAGAAUACCGUACAGGUAUUGUAUGAAGACCAACAACGGAUCAAUGAGUUUUCGAAGCUGAUUAUGAGAAAAGACGCCCUUGAUGUGGAAUUGCAGCGCCAAAGACAGGAAAAGGAAUAUCUAGAUGAUAUAUCUAUGGAAAUCGAGCUUAUUGAUGAGGAUAAGAAGGUUCAAUACAAGAUCGGUGAAAGUUUUGUAUUCCUCAAACAAAGCGAAGUGGUUGAACAACUGGAAAGGGACGUGCAAACUGUGGAUUCGCGUAUUUUGGAACUUGAAGAGCAAGACGAAGCGUUGGAACAACGCAUGGCAACGCUGAAAAGGGUGCUAUAUGCCAAGUUUGGUGAUAGCAUCAAUCUGGAGCGCUAG